CAUAUUAAUAUAUUUAAUACCAUGAUUGAUAAUAAUAGUCCCAUAUCCAACGAUAUAAAAACCUUACAUCAGUUAUCAGAAAAUGUGCUAUGCCAAAGACUUUUAUCUCAAAAAAAUCUGCCUAAUAGUGGAUUGUCAAUAACUGAUAAUGACAUAGAGAAAUCACUCAGGAUUGUACAAAUAAAAGAUGAUAAGGAUUUACAUAAUUUAUUUCAUAAUAUUAUCAAUUCCAAUGAUAAUAAAUAUUACAUAAAAUUAUUAAUCACUCAGAAUACAUUAGAAAAAAAUAAAAUAAUUCCGUAUAUGCUUAAUUUGCUUGUAGCAAAUGGAAGCUUUGACUUUGAAAACAACUAUAUUAUAGAUUAUCCACAAAAUCUUAUAAAAAUUCUGAAUAUUUUACCACUAAUUGACAAAGAUAUAGAGACACAAUUUUGGAGCAUACUUUCCACCGUCGUUAAAAAGCACGUGCGGAAUUUACAGGCCUCUACGGAAAUUCAUCUUUUGCAAUACGUUCUCAGGAAAUUACGAAUUACCGAUGGGGUCAUCGCAGAUUUUCUUAUCGAAAUUACGGGAGCUCUGCUCAGCUACAGCGUGAACGUUACUGAAUUCAAACUUUUUUUGCAAUUUUUCCAGUUACAAGAAAAUGGCUUAUGGAAUCAGCACGCCAAAAAAUUGAUUGACGUUCUAUGCGCAUCUAUAAGAAGAUCGUGCCCGGAAAAUUUCUUCGCCUUUUCUGGAGACACGAAAUCUAUGAUCUCUUUGCCGCCCUUCUCCAAAUGGCCCACUCAAUACGGGUUCACAUUUAAUGCUUGGAUACAAAUGGAAAACAUCAAUAAUAUAACCAAAUACGAUAAGGAUAAACAAUAUUUGUUCAAUUUUGGUUCUAAUAACGAGGGAAAUGCAUUCCGCUCCUAUUUCAUAGGCAAAUGCUUGAUUGUUCACAAUUGCGUUAAUAACCUUCCGCUUACUUCCGGAAACGGUAAUAAGGAUUUUGUACAUUGCCUACCAUUCGAAUUCGUAGUUAAAAGGUGGUACAUGAUAAGCAUAGCUUACGUGAGAAAUCGUUGGAGCAAAAGCGAAAUUCACUGUUACGUUAACGGGGAGCUCAUAUCCAGACUCGAGACUAAUUGGAUUGUGUCCAUCAGUGAGACUUUUGGUAAUUGUUCGAUUGGGAAUUCAUUCUGUGGGCAAAUAUCCGCCACCUAUCUUUUCCAAGAAUCCCUUAAUAACCAACAAAUUAACGCCAUCUACAAACUGGGACCAUCGUACGGGGGUCAGUUCAAAUACGAGAACGAGUCCCAAAACAUUAGGCGACUCAACGAAGCCGACAAAAAAGCUUUAUACGACGGGAAACUCAAUGGCUCCAUAGUAUUUCUUUACGACCCGUUAGCAUGUGACGGGCAAUUAUGCCUAGAAGGUUCUCCCAGGAACAAUUCCAAUUACUUCGUUCAUUCUCCCCACGCUCUCAUGAUUGGGGACGUAAAGGCUAUAAAUACCCACACGCUCACAGACACCAUGCAUUCGCUAGGCGGAAUCUCGUUAUUAUUUCCUUUAUUCGAACAAAUCGAUAUAAAACACGAGAUUCCGCUACCGCCAUCAACUACUCAUAUUGAUAGAGGCACUUUGUUGACGCGAGCAGGAGACAUUGAUUACACCUUGGGUGGUAAAUUGAUCAGGCUUAUAAAAGAGUUGGCUAUCGAUUCGCACGACGUUUGCUCUCAGCUCGUACAAACCAAGGGGAUCAUUAUGAUGGCUUACUUUUUGAACAAUACAUCCAGGCGGCACCUCAACGAAACGGUUGUUGAUUCCUUCGCGAAUUUGAUCGAAAAGUGCGAGCAAUUUGCUAUGGCUAAGCAAAUUAUGGAUUUCAUUUUCUUUAACCCUCAACUAUGGAUAACGGCUCAGCCGAAGAUUCAAGCUCGGCUAUACACCUACUUGGCCACCGAGUUCAUCAUCAAGACGGACUGCUAUAAAUCAGCCCGAAACGAGAUAGUAUCCCAAACCCUAAGCUCUCUCAAAUAUUUCUACUACGUGGUCCCUCCUUAUUGGACCUCUGGCGGGGAAAAUUUACUAUAUCCUGAUCGUGAAUCUAUAUCGCUUCAUAAAUCCGAAGAUUCGAUGGGUGAGCAUGAGACCAAAAGUUCGUUAGGUGACAAUGAAUCGAAUAAAUUUGCUAACUGGACCUAUGUCACAGGAAGCGAUCUUUAUAACGGAAGUGGAAAGUCCGCAAAUAAAGUUGUUCAUAACCUGCCAAGACAUAAGACCGGAUGGGAUAAAGAUACUGAUGAAAUUACGGAAGAAAUAGCGAAAAAUAUUUGUAUUUAUAACACGCUCCCCAAUGAAAUUUUAUACCUUCAGACCAUAUUCAGCCCUUCCACUCAAGGUUCUGAACUGUUUACGAUGGGUACGAGUAAAACGGAUGCGGGGGACGGGAGUUUAAACAAGUAUUCCGAAACUAACGAGUCCAAAUGUGACGAGAGGCCCAGCCAAAUAGAAAUUUUAAAUUUGAGGGCGUACAUGGUUCUUUUUCUCAAACAGAUCCUAUUGAGGGACGGGGGAAUCCGGGAGAAUGAGAUGGGUCAUUUCAUCGAUUUUUUGGCAACCGUCACUGAGUUCGAGAACAUUCAAGAUGUCUUGCAAUUAUUAAUCUCCCUCGCCUCCGAGCACCCUUCUUCGUUCGUGCCAGCAUUCGAUAGAAAAUUGGGAAUAAGGAUCAUCUUCAAGCUGCUGAAUUUUGAACAAGAAAUCAUCAGAGCCCAGGCACUCAAGUUGUUAGGACUCUUUAUGACGCACAGCACUCAAAAACGUAAAGAUGAUGUUAUGCAAGCCCACGAUCUAUUUUCCUUGCUGGGCGAAAGGAUAAUCAUGUUAGGACCCCAAGCUUACACGACAUCCAUUCACAGUAUUUUGAUGGAAAUCUUACUAGAGCGUAUGAGUUCCUACACUCUCAUGAACAUCUCCCCAACUGCGUGCUUCCUCUCUGCUUCACUCUCUCCCCCUCAAAUCCGAAAUUUCUCCACAAAAUACCCCGACGAUUAUCCCAGCGAUCGCUCCCCGAAAGCCGAUUCAUUCGACUACAGCAGCUUGAAUGGGAAUAGCACAGAAGAAGUAGGAAGGAAGCCACCGGAUUCUCCUUCCGGUCGCAAAUCUUCCUCAACGCCAGCCGCGGCGGUUUACAAGAUGGAGAAUCCGCAGUUGUUGAGUGUAAUCGCCUACGUGUUGAACAUUUUUACGCGUAGAAUCACCUACGAAUUUGAAGAGGCGCUUUGCCCCGAUGAUGAAUGUAUCAAGGUCGACGAGAAGAACGGAUCCGGGAAAUUUAGUAGGGAGGCUAGGGAACGGUUAAUUGCUCACUUCUUGGACUUGAAACUACACUUUAUAAAUGAUUUAACUUUUUUGUGCGGGCAAAGUGCUGAAAACCGACGGAAAAUAUUGCAGAUGUCUGUGUGGCAAGAGUGGCUCCUAGGUCUUGUGAUAGUUCGACCUAUCUCGCAAAAAGAGGUCCAAAUAAGCCAAGGAGUUUUGGGGCUUUUAUCUUCGCUCAUUCACCACGCCAUAAAAUACGAAUACGGGGGUUGGAGAGUUUGGGUCGAUACCAUGGCUAUCAUCCAUUCACUGGUUUCUAAGGAGGACUACCGCUUAAAAUACAACACGCCAAUCCGCUCCGCGGAUAAACAUACGGACGAUUCAACUGUUCGUUCUCAAUCAGUAGCAGUCAACGGAUCACCUUCUGCCAUUAAUUCUCCAAAUAUAAAUAUUUGUCCUAAGGAAUCCGGCGGUAGCGUUCCUUUCAAAAUACCCGAUUUCAAGUGGUCGACCAUACAUCUUGGCCUUUUGUCCGACAUUUUGACAAGGCUGGAAAAAGAUAUCGAUAACUGGAAAAACGAGGCCGGUCGAAAUCUGAUAGACCUAGUAAAUUUCAGCGAGAAUCAAAUCUUCGUUCAAAAUGCCAUUCAUUUCUUGUCGCAGAUGAUGGACAAUUUUAUCGUGAGUUCGGGGGGAGUCAUACAGUUGCUGGCUUACACUACCAACACUUCCAACGUUACCUUCAAUCCUUACCAGCCUAGUCCUAUGUCGAGUUACGGAGAGGAACGCGGUGAAAAUUAUGAAUAUGCUAAUGGCCACAGGGGCUCGGGGGACCGUUCCCAGGAUCAAACUCCGCUAACCCCUUCAAAGGUUAUGGCUUACUUAGUGAGAUUUAUCAAUCUAAUCGACGUUUUCGUGCUAGCUAGUUCGGUGAGUUUUCACGAGAUGGAGAGCGAAAAAAACAUUCCCCCGGGAGGCAUAUUAAGACAGUGCCUUAGAUUAGCUUGUAUUUGCACCGUUAGGAAUUGCUUGGAGAAUCAAUACAGGAAAUAUCUCCAAUCUCUCCUCAAUUCUCCUCUCGCUAGAUAUCGCAGCAACCAGUCACCCAUAAAUCAAAUAGAUCCUACCGUGAUCGACAUCAUAUUGGGGGGAAAUGUUGAUAAAAACACGACUGGGUACAGUCUCAUGACUCCGAAUAUUCAAGAUACGGAAGUUCUGUUGCAAAAUAUUGAUGUGACUCGUUUGAAAGCUAUCAUAUACCGAGAUAUAGAAGAAACGAAACAAUCCCAGUUCUUAGCCUUGUGUGUAAUGUAUUUCGUUUCCGUUCUCACCGUCUCCAAGUACAGGGACUUGCUGGAACCUCUAAACAAUUACGAUAAUAACCAGCACGGUAAUUUCUCUGCUCAUCAUCCUCCACAUUUAAACGCCUCGUCACGCAAGAUCCCUGAUCAAACGAAUAUUUCCAACAAUGAUAAUGGUAGACUGGCACAGCACUACCCUUGGAACAAUUCGGACAAUACUAAUAACGCCGCUCGGUCCCAUCAAAAACCUUUGCCCCACUCUGUAACCAUUAGUUCCGAAAAUGAGGAAGAGGACGAGGAAGACCUGGAAAGUAUCAAGGAAGGCCAAAUAAUCGAGAUGCGGCUCCAACCCGUCGCGCUCGAUUCGCCCAAUAGUUUGGAUAACGAGUUGAAUGACAAUAUCGACAACGGUAUGGAACAGGAUAUGGAUUACGGCGACGGAGAGUAUGCUGGUUCUGCCAAUUAUAUUGAAAAACGAUCGACUAUUGAAACGAACAACAGAGCCUCAGAAGAUGCGACUAUGAGAGGCAAAAACGUUGAUUUUGAUUUGGGAACGGAUCGAAUCCAUCUUCCCAAUCACGAAUCUAUGGUCGAUCAAUACGAAAAUGUUGGCCAUUUUAAUCAAGCGAAUAUUGUCGACGAUAAUAAUCAAUACGGUAAUCGAUUCAACGAAGCGAAUCAUUUUACCCCCCGAGAACACUCGCACACUACCAGCGUAUCUGAGAAGACCGAUUACAUAACCAAAAAGAUAGAAAGAGUCCUGAGUGGCAGCGCUUAUCUCCUGAAAGAAGUUCUGAAUGAUUUUUUACCCUUCAUGACCAAAACGUUUCUGGGGACCCAGGGUCACGAGUUACUGAAAAAUGCUAACGGUUUAGCUACCCUGAAAGAUAAUUGCGUGAUAGAAUUCAUCAUGAUGCUAUGUUCCCAGGAAUGGCAGAAUUCCUUGCAAAAACACGCCGGUUCAAAUUUCCUUGAGUUGAUCAACGAAGGAAGAAUACUAAGUCACGCUAUGCGAGACCAUGUUAUACGCGUGAGCAACGAGGCCGAUUUUAUCCUCAACAAAAGCCGGGCCCAGCAACUCAAGACCCAUUCGCUUUUCGAAGAGCUAUGCGCGCAAAUGCAAUUGGCUUAUCACGAUAGCAAUCAAUCUACCGACAUUUCAUCAUCGAAUUCUAACAACAAAAACCUUAAAAACUCCAAGCUCAAGUGCAGGGAGUACGCCAGCGCGCUCAAGAUUUUGAAUCAAAUCACCAGGAAUCGACAUUUGCUCUAUGGAACCACGAACGUUCGUUUAGGAAAUCAGAAUGUUUUUCUUGAUUACGACCCUUCUUUUGAAGAUUCGGGGACUAGGGGCAAAAAGGUUUAUUGGAAGCUCGACUUUUGGGAGGACGAUUGCCGAAGAAGGAAAAAGUUGAUGGUGAACCCUGUCGGUACUUGCCAUUCGGAAGCUGCCGACAACGCCUUCGCAUACGAUGACAACGAACCCCCGCACUCUUCUAACCCUACAUCGGAGCCCCAAGCGGAAAAGGACGAUAACACUAAAGGAUCAGCAGAAAACUAUAAGACACAAACAAGCAAUGACCCUAAUCUAAAUAUGAAUCAAGCGGCCGUCGAGAAGCUGAAACUGUACCGGGCCAAACUCACCGAGAGCAGGGACUCAUUCGACGAUACUAUUAGCGUCAGUGACAUCAUUACCCCCGGAUUGGAAGAAAAGGACAUCAUGGAGGCGUUGUUAGUCGAGAGUGACGUAUCUUUCACAACCAAAUGCGAGAUCGUCACGAUGGGCGUUUCGGUCCACGGAAACAUUUUGCUCUCCAAAAACAUGUUUUUCUUCGAAGUCGAUGAAUCCAUCCAUAAAAAUCAAAUGAUCGAUCCUGAAAUUUUGAAAUACUUGGACACCAAUGUAGGAGGCGGGUGCGUCAAAUGGAAUUUUUGCGACAUCACGGCCAUUUUCUCGAGGCGUUACCUGCUGCAAAAUAAUUCCUUGGAAAUUUUUCUGACAUCUAACACGUCCGUCAUGUUUUCCUUCCCAGAUAGAAAUAUAGUCAAAAAAAUAGUUAGUCUCUUGCCAAAAGUUGGUUGCGGACCCAAGUACGGCAUACCUAAAUCGAGGAAAUCUUCCCUCAUGUCCCCCAAGCAACUCUUCAAGGCUUCCAACAUGACCGAAAAGUGGAUGCAAAGAGAAAUUUCUAACUUCGAUUACCUCAUGUUUUUGAACACCAUAGCUGGCCGAAGUUAUCAAGAUCUCAAUCAAUACCCCGUUUUCCCUUGGAUCCUUUCCAAUUACGAAACCAAAGAACUGGACCUAAACGACCCCAUUAAUUACAGGGACCUAUCUAAACCUAUUGGCGCCAUAAACAACGACAGAAGAAACAUAUUCGUCGAACGUUACAAAACCUGGGAACACAACAGUAUUCCGCCAUUCCAUUACGGCACCCAUUAUUCCACCUCUGCCUUCGUUCUCAAUUGGCUACUGCGAAUAGAACCAUUCACUACCCUUUUCAUAAAUUUGCACGGUGGAAAGUUUGAUCAUCCUAACAGAAUUUUCGGGUCUAUCAAAACGGCCUGGUACAAUUGCCAGAGGGAUACCUCCGAUAUUAAAGAACUGAUCCCCGAACUAUUUUACUUUCCUGAAAUGCUUUGUAACCUAAACGGUUACCCUCUUUACCCGCUUUGCCAAAAUGACCAUCGUGGACCUCUCCAAAAUGAUUAUAAGGAAUCUCUGCAUGUUGUUAAGGGUAACGUGGAAUUACCUCCAUGGGCUUUGAACGAUCCCAAUAAAUUCGUAAGGAUUCACGCCGAAGCCCUAGAAUCGGAAAUUGUUAGCUGUAGCCUUAAUAGAUGGAUAGACCUUAUUUUCGGUUAUAAACAGAGAGGUUCAUCUGCGGUGGAAGCCCUAAACGUAUUCUAUUACCUAACCUAUGAGGACAAUUUUAAUCUGCGCGAUAUGAUGGACAUCCCUUUGAAAGAAGCCUUGGAAAACCAGAUCAAAAACUUUGGUCAAACUCCGUCUCAACUUUUGGAUUCACCACAUCACCCACGCCAAUCCCUCAUGCACAUUAGCCCUCGCAUGUUUACGCCUAUAAAACCCGACCAAGAAAUCACGACCGUAAAAUUUCCCUUCAAUGCUUCGAUAAUUCACGUUUCCCUUUCCAAGCUCGAUUUUUCGUCUUCGGCGAAUUCGUAUAAUAGCAAUAACCAACAUUUGUUAACGCUCAUUAAUUCCAAUUUCACCGUUGCCGUCAAUAAGUGGAACCAUGAUUAUAAAACUCAUUUGAUGCCUCCCAGCUUUGCCGAAAAAGAAACGAUAGCCCAGCCUAAUCUGAUCAUCGUAGAUCCUUUUUUAACUCAAUCCACCGGACCUACCUCCGUUUCCUCUAAAAUGGCGGCCAGCAUACAACGCGAUGUUCGCGAUCACGUCGAUCCUCGUUACAAAUACGGACCGGCUUCCGUCAUAGCGUCACGCGAUGGUCGUCAUCUUGUCUUAGCCGGAUUUCGGGAUAAAAGCUUUAGGGUGCUAAAUUGUGAUAACGGUAAAGUUAUACAAACGGUUUACUCUCACAGGGAUAUAGUCACCUGCCUCGCCAUUUCUCCUUUCACCUUCGUCAAUAACUUUUACAAUUCCUCGGGCUAUUCUUUUUCCUCGCUGAGCAACAACUUUAUUACCGCCAAUUCCAAUCUCCCGGGAAAUAACGAAAGCAUCGCCAAUCCCGCUUUCGACGUAGCGCAAGAUUUUUAUUUUGCAACGGGGUCACGCGAUGCCACCGUUAAAAUAUGGCGGUGGUAUUCUGCCAGCAAUCACGUGAUGGGUGCUAUGGCUUCAUCCGUUUCUUCGAGAGAAUCACCUUUUCCUCUGGUAACUCUUAUAGGCCAUGAAAGUGGAAUUGUAUCCAUCGCUUUGUCUACUGAGUUGGGAAUAGUGCUUAGCCUCUCUAAAAACAACCUUUGCCUAAUUCACAACGUUAAUGGUCAAAUCAUGCAUGCCAUCCUCCCUCCCACAAAAAAAUUGACAAUGAUAGAAUCCAGCAUAGCACCUAUCAAAAAUGAUGACUACAAAUUGACUACCGUCGUCACGAGAAAAUUAGAGGAAAAAAUUUCUAAGAGUCUCUACAACAUAAGUCAAAUAAUAUUGAGUUCUCAGGGAGACGUGAUCACCUGUUUGGACAGUCAUAUAAUAAACGUAUUCUCAUUAAACGGGUAUUUAGUUGACACCAAAUCGUUUUACCACGCAAAAAUCAAAUUAAUGGAUACCUUCUCCCAAAGUUUCGUGCAAGAAGUGUUGGUCAUAAUAACCCAUACCAAUAAAGUUGAAUUUUAUGACUUAUACGAUGACUUUCACCCAUUGUACUCUUAUCAAACGCCGGAUGAUUCAACUUUGGAUAUCAAAUGCAUGACUUUUUCCCUUCAAAACAAAUACCUGAUAGUUGGUAUGACAAAUGGCACUGUGUGCUGCUUUUUAAUCGAUCACACCAAAUGGAAUAAAAAAUCUCCAUAAGAAAAAAAUAUAUAAAUUUUAAAAUAAUUAUCAUUAUGCCCCAUUUUGAAUUUCAUAUAUGUUUGAACAAAAAUUGGCGCGAACCGUAAUCAUGAACAUAUGUUUUUUUCCAAAUGUCAUUCAUUCCUAAGUUGUUUUGUAUUAUUCUUUUUUUUCCUUAGAACUUUUAUUAACAUUCCCAAGUAAAAACUUUAUUUAUUUAUUUUUUUUACUAUAAACUUAAAAAAAAGAGUAUUUCUUAUUCGUGAUUAAAAAAUAACAUUCAUUCAUAAAAAUACAUUCAUCUAAUUUUAUAUUGCAAUAUCCUCCUUCAUCAAUUAUUUAUUUUUUUUAUUUAUCAAAAUUAUAAUUCAAAACAUUUCCGCGCGAAUGCUUAUUUUAUUUUUACAUGCUGUGUCUACGCAAAAACGAAUACACAAAUUAUAGCCAAAGCUAGACAGAAAAACGAUUUUAUUUAUACGCGCGACAAAACACUAAUUUAAAAUAUUUUAAUGAAAAUAUUAUUUAUGUGAUUUAAAUCACAUUCCCUCCCACCAAAACCCUAAAUUUUAUAUUCCCGUUAUUUAUAUAUUUAUAUUAUACACUAAAAA